CUUAGACCCAACUUAAAGGGUGAUUGGUAGUGAGCUGUUUCCCAAUAAAAAGUUGUCGGAAAAUGAAUGAGGAAAAUGUCUGACCAAGAGGAACCAUUGGAUAUUCGAGAUAUAGUUGACUCAACAGAAGAAAGUGAUGAUGCGAUUGAUAUUGUCAAUAUCCCACUUCCGUUAGAGAUACUGGAAGAGUCAGAACCAACUGAAGAAAAUGGGUCUGAAGCAGAACAGUUGAGUAGGAGUCAAGAAACAUCUGAAGAGCAUGAUUACCAGAGUGCUACAAGUCUGGAGUCCAGUGAAGAACAACUUGUGGAAAAGGCUGUGUCCCCACGACAAGCUUCCGGUUCUCUGAGCCAUGAGAAAGAGCAGCCUGCCAUGGAGUCAGACAAGGAGAACCUAAGCGAUGAAAAUCUGACUUUCCUGGAUAAAAUAAGAGCUAUAAAGCAGAAUUUGCAAAUACCAGUUGAAGAUUCUUCAACAACAGGUAAAAUUCUCAAAAAUAAUGAGACUCUCAUACAACAUGGAAUUAAGCCACAGGAAAGUGUACAACUGGAAAUCUCUUCUCUAAAUCCAGAUCUGUAUCCAAUAAAAAGAAUAGUUAAAUUGAGUAACAUCUCUCGACUCAUAACUGUCUUUGUACAAACUGGCACUGAUCAGUUCCAGGAGGUACCUGUUGAAAUUGUGAAAUCGGACUUUCACAAACCAUUCCUUGGUGGAUUUAGACAUACAAUAACAGGAAUAGAAUAUCACAAUGCUGGAACACAAACUGUACCUAAAAAGAUUCCUGAAAAGUUUAAUUUAUUUUGUAGAGACACACAGACAGUCUUUCAGAGAAAAAAGAUCCAGCAAACUAGAAAUGCAACAUCCACACAAAUGACGAAAAUUGGUGUGUAUGUGUCAAACAUGACUGACAAACUUGUAGUACCAGGAAAAUACUUUUCAGCAGCCGAAUACCAUGCUGAAAGAUUAAAGGCGGUGAUAGUAAUACAAACUUACUACAGGCGAUGGCAUGCUAAAGUCUUCACAGAGGGUUUAAGAAGACAGAAAAAGUUGAGGCUGGAGUGGGAAGCCGAGGAAGAACUAAGGAAGGCAAAAGAAAAAGAAGAAUGGAAGCAACUGGACUACUACCGAAGGCAUAAUCCGAAAACAAGUGAAGACUUUGAACUUCUUUAUAAUGCACUGGAAAUCUGGCGGCAAGAACAACUUACAUACAUUAACCAGUAUUUUACUGGAGCUGAAAGGAAAGCUGCUUUAUGUGAACUUCUGGAAAAAGAGACCCAGAUAAUUGCUUCCAUUGAGAGACAGAGACACAUUGCUCGUGUGGCAAGGCAGGAAAAAGCGAUACAAGUUUUUAUGGAUAAGUGUUCAAGUCCAAAGAUGUGGAGAAGACCUGAUGGUAAAAUAAUUGAGAUGGAUACACAGUUCACAAUCAGAGCCAGAGAGUUGCAAAACAUCUACAAAUGCAUCAAACUGCAAAAUAUCUCUCAAGAUGAGCGAUUGGACAUACUCUUAACACUUAAGCACACUGUGAAGGUAAGAAUUUCACUGGAGAAUGCUCUUCGGAUAACUCCUGAGAGGCAGUACAAUAAGCAGAAUGAAAAAUUCAGUUACACAGGAGUAUCAGCAAUGACUUUAGCCAAUCCCACGGAAACUGGAGCGGGGCAGGGACCCCAUGAGGGUUGUCCUGAUUUGAGGCAAGGGGUGGAGAAGGCUCUCACAUGGAGCUUUUAUUGGGUCCCUCAAGACCCACUGAAGUUUUAUAAGAAGAUUUACUUCUGCCGCAGUUGCCAGCUGUACCUGCCUUCGACCGAGUUUGCUGCUUCUUCUACCUCACAGCACAUAUUCAAGUGUCGUCAGUGCAUCCACCUUGAGAACGAGGCGCAGCGCCGGGAAUCCUUUUUGAAAUAUAAAUGUUUACUCCAACGGCUCUACUCUUCAGAGGCCAAUUAUGAUGAUGGCGCCCAGGUUGCCUUCCUGAUGCAGCUCCAAGAUAUUCAAUACCUGAUAGAGAAUAUCUGGGCUCCCCAGUCUGUGCUCAGUGCCUGGGAUGAUCUCAAUGACCUGGUCAUGGUCAGGUGGGAUAAGUCCCUGCAGUGGUCUCCCUGGAACUGCAUUCUCCUCACCAAAGAUGAAGCCGCUGCUCAUCUCAAGCUGGAAAGCAUUGAACAGGGAUAUGGACGUGUCUUUAUUCACAAAAUCAAGCACAAACAUAUUCUGGCUAAGAACUACUUCCGUCAGAUUCCAGUGCUGGCAUCAUUUAUACUUGACGAUGGUGAAAUAGAAGAGAUUAGAAGUAAAUAUCACGUAGACACUACACCAAAAAUUAUACAAGCCCAGACGCCUUGUCCUUAGAGGGCCUGGAAACAUUUGUUUGAUGAGAAAAUUGCCUACUGCUCAUAGAGUAAUACAGAGGUCACAUCAUAUGAAAGUGAAAGUUUUCUACUUUUUAUAGUACUAUAAGUUAUAUGAAAACAUCGCUAUAUGGAUAUUUGAUUGUUAAGCAGUUACUGUUAAACUGCCCUGCAAUAUUGUUACUAAAAUUAAUGGUUAAAAGUAAAGAGACCAUUUUGUUUUUAUGAAUUUUCCACAUUAAGGUUUUAAUCAAUUAAAUCUUUAUAGUUAAAACAGAGUAACCAAAGAAACCUAGGCCCAACUUUCAAUGCAAUUAAUCUAUUUAAAAUAAAGUAUCACUAUAGGAGCAUAGUAUAUGAAUGAGAUAAAUAUAUAGAAUUCUCUCCUUAAAAUCUUUCUAAGUAGGUUAAAAGAACUUUAUUCUCAU